AUGAGUGAACAUAUAAUAACUUCUGAAGAACAGGUUCCACCUGCUGGCCCCCAACAUUCAGAUAUCGAAUCCAACGAAGAAAAGUUCAAAAAACGUCACUUACUACAUCCAAAAUCAUGGAGAGAAUUUUUAGUUUCCAUACUAAAGAAAAAAGGAAGAGCAAAUGUGUUGCUCAUUUUUUUGAUCCCGGCAAUCGUAUUACCACAUUAUAAUGUCGACAAAUUGAUUACGUUUUUCGUCAGUUUUUUAGCCAUAAUUCCUCUGUCGAAUCUCAUGACUAUUGGUGUAGAAGAUUUAUCGGCUAGGUUAGGACUGGCAUAUGCAUCAGUUCUUCACGCAUUGUCAGGAAACUUUGUAGAAUUGGUUAUAGAAUCUUAUGCAUUAAUGGACGAUCAAUAUGCGAUUGUACGAUCCGCCGUAUUAGGAUCAAUACUUUGUAAUAUCACACUGGUUCUAGGCAUCACAUUCGUUGUAGGCUCUUGGCCCACGGCCCGUCGUAUACGUGAAGGAAAAGGACAACACUUGCACAUCCAAAUUGAAAUAAACACCUUUGUGGACACAUCUUCAUCCAUUUUGGCCUUGGCCGUUCUCGCAUUAAUCACUCCUGCGGCAUUUAAAAUCGCCGCUGCACCCCUUAAUUUACCGGAAGAAGCCAAUCUAAUUGAUUGUAAUUUACAAAACAUCAGUCACGCCACGGCCAUCGUACUCAUGAUGGUUUAUAUAGGACUAUUAGUUUUUCAAUUGAAAACUCACGCGUCCGAGUCGGUAGACGAAAAAGAAUUAACACAUCUUCAUAAGAAGUAUAAUUGGUUAUUUGAUAUAUUCUUAAUCGCAGGGUCGGUAGCUGGAAUUUCAAUAUGUGCAAAAACCUUAGUUAACAGUAUUGAACAUAUUGGACAUGAAUUUCGACUCGGAACAGGUUUCAUUGGAAUAGUACUUUUGCCUAUUUGUGUUGUAUCAAAUUUCAUUGAACAUUAUCAGGCAAUCUCAGAGGCAGCCGAGGAUAAAAUAGAUACAGCCAUUAGUUUGAUUCUUAAUACAUCUGUACAAAUGGCACUAUUGAUAACACCAAUCUUGGUGUCAGUUGGAUGGAUUUUUGAUAAACCAUUAACGUUGGAUUUUAAUCCUUUGGAAAUAUCUGUAUUGGCUUGUGCUGUAUUAAUUGUGAAUUAUCUGGAUAAUAAAGCAAACUGGUUAGAAGGUUAUAUGCUUAUAAUAUCAUACGUGUUGAUAGCUAUAGCAUUCUUUUACUUUCCGAAUGCACGUGUCCCAGAACAACAUGAACAUUGCAAUCCUUGGAGUAGAAAUUUACCAGCAUCGAAUGAAUCGGAUGUGAACGAAAAUGCGGAAGCUCAUUAA